GAUAAAGGAGGCGCUUCCUUACAGCAGUCGAGCAGAAGAUUAAAGCUUUGGAAGAGUUUUGUAAAGACGCGCAUGAGCUGUUAAGAUAUCGAGCUUGUGUUAUUUUCUCUUAUCAGCUGCUGGUGUCUCUUUCAGAUGCAGUAUAUUCGGUGACAGUUUGUGGUGUAUUAACAGCGACAGAUUAAAACAAUGGAGAAUGGGCAAAGCCGCCUCCGUCAGGCCCAGGAGGAUGUGGAGGAAAUCAAAGUUAUCAUGCUGGAUAAUAUGAACAAGGUUGACGAGCGUCAAGAAAAACUCGGGGAGCUUGAGGACAGAGCUGAUAAACUACUUGAAAAGAGCGAACAAUUCUCAAAGACCUCGACGAAGGUGAAACAGAAGAAGCGCUGGGAGAAUAUGAAGUACAAAAUCAUAGUCGGAGCAGUUGUAGCUGCAGUUGUGCUUGGCAUUAUUGUGGCUGUGGCUGUGAGCUUAAGCAGUGAGGACAGUAACAACACAUCCAAAGACACGUCAGCAACACAAUCUCCAGGCUAAAGGAUAAGCUGGCAGAGAAGAAGAUGAGUGUUUGAAAUUCUUCAGAAUACCCCUUGAAAGUCUUGCUUCUAGUACUUUUGUAAAAGCAAAGAAGAGGGAUGUUUCAUAGAUCGUUAAAUGUACAAGCUAAAUCUGUGAUGCAACUUUCUGUCAGAAUGAUGCUUAAAAAUAAUGUGGUGGGUGAUAAAAAUGGUACCAUGGUGUCACUAUAAUUUAUGCUUUCAUUUUUUAAUGGUAACACACAUAGUAUGUGGCAUUAAUGGUAGCAGUUUACAUGCAUGGUUGUUGGACUAAACACAUUUUAGCCACAAAUUCGAUCAAAUCAGUGCCAAAUGCGGGUUAAAGUAUAGCAGGGAAAACUGUGUAGACUUUGUCAGGGAGUAGGGCAUUGAAUCUUGUUCUUCAAAGAACACUUUUUUGAUUCUGUUUUUCAUCAGUGAAAUGUAUGUAAUAAUCUUGAAAAAUUUCCACUGCGUUUGGUUUUUCGCAUAUUAGUUACAGAUGAAUAAAAGCUUGUUUCCCAGCCUUGGUACUCACAGCAGUACACAUUUUGGAUGUCUACCUUAUAUGACUGACCCAUUUCAGGUCUCUAUCAAUGAGCUGAUGAGUUUAAUCAGAUGUGUUUGAUUGUGGAGACAUACAAAAUGUGCAUUUGGGAGUAACCUGAUUUUAGACACAAAUUCUGUGUCUUUGGCACGCUUGUGCUAAAACGUAUCUAAAGGUUUUAAAAUGUCUUAUUAUUAAUUAUUAUGACCAUAACAAACAUAGAAAUUGAGGAGUGACUAUUCCCUCAGAAUUCGUAUUUGUCAGGGGAUUAUUUCUGUGAAUUUAUUUCAGUAUCCAGUUCUUAAAAUGUAACAUUUGUUCCUUCCAAUCUUGAAUAAUUUCAUCCUUAGCCAUUACAAUGUAUAAGCAGGUUAAUACCGUAAAA